AUGGAGGGCGUGGCGGCAGGGGCAGCUGUUGAAUUCAAGGUCAAGGAGAAGGCCGUUUUGGCUUACCUCCUCACCAUACCCGAGGUUAAGAGUGCCGUCAAACUGCAACGAGAUGGCAGAACCCAAGAGGCAAAAUCGACCAUGAGAGCAGCUGUCGCGUGCCUCCCCGCCGAGGUCCUUGCACGCGCCGGAGCAAACGGCGGCAACAGCGACACGCUGCGGCGUGAGGAACGCAUGGCUUUGCGGCGAAAGAUGUUUCUCGCGAGAUGCCGUCAGAAAGCAAGACCCGUCACAUUCGCUAGCCGCACAAGCUUCAAGUUCAAGGACUUGCAGUUGGAGUACGACGAGGCCUGCGAUGAGGUCAUCGACUUGCUGGCGGAGCUGCGCGCCGCCACGCUGGAGGUGCAGGAACUCUCCUUGCGGCUGAAGGCCUGCCGGCGCACCAAGACGCCUUUUUCAACCCUUCCUGCCCCCGAGGAGCCCAGGGCCCGAGACCUGCGCCAGCUGUUCGAGUGGCUGGCCAAGACGGUGGACCUCAGCCAUCCAGAAACCUUGGACGUGGGCUUCGAGGUGCCAAUUGGCGGCCGGUCUGUUCACCUGCACCGAGUCGUACAGUGGCCCUUGACCUCCCGGAUCGCCCCUGGAGCCUUGAAGCUCACGGCUCCGAUCCAGCAUCAAGAGGCGCUCGGGCAGCUCUUGGCAUCAACUCGAGCUGUCGGGAAGGUUGACUCGGAUGCCCUGAUGCACUUCUUGGCUGGCUGGGAUCUGAUCGCCGGUGAGCUGACGACAGCGGCUCAUCCCGUGCCAGAGCCCUCUGUUCUGCUUGCACACAGGACAUCCACGCAGGGUAUUCUUGUCGCAACGUGGCCAACGAAGGAGGCCCUACAGGUGGUGUACGCAGCACCAAUCGUCCCGCAGCCAGGAGAGCGAGUAGAGGUCGAGUACGAAGGGCAAUGCUACGUCGGAAUCUUGUAUGGCGUGGACAAUGGCAUGGCAAGCGUGAGAUGUGAUGCUGAUCCGCCCGGCGUGAUGACCGUAGCACCCUUGUCACAUGUUCGUCGGCUUGACGGGGACUUGGCGCAGGAGGACGCGGAACUCAAACAAGUUUUGCUUCAGUGCAGCAUGAUUUCGGGAGCAUACAUGCGACGUGCUGCACAUGCAUGA